CAAAAAUGCCUUCCCAACCACCCGACCAUCCACAUGAAUUCCACGCCGGCGUAUGGGAUUAUGAAGCAAACAGGCCAGUCGUCGAUGGGAAGAUAGAAGAUCCCAUCACUGGCGAGGUUAUACCAGUCACGGAAGGUACAUCAUUUUACGCAGGGCCACCUAACGUGGAUAUUACUAUCAUGAACCUACAUGCCGACGCAUCUGGCACAUUCCGGUUCCAGCGAGCAUUUCCGUUUGAGAGAUUACUUGCUCACAUUAUGAGAGUCAUAGAUAGGGAGGGAAUAACGCUUCACGCGUUGAAUGCGACGUCUUAUUCUAUUACGGUCGUCUUGGC